CGUCACCUCGCGCAGUACGGAACUACGUCGGUCGGACGCUGUCGCUCUGUUGUGGUUAAUGAUCUAUGCUAAUAAUACGUAGCUAACGCAUCGCAGUUGUUCACAGCUUUUUAAAGCGUAGGAUUUCCCACGGUGACCCCUUCACGUUUGUACGCGGCGUUUGUGAGGUAUAGAAGCCGCCUCGCGUUUCCGUCCGCUCGGUGUUUGUCGGUGAACGAUCCUCCGUUAGCCGUUAGCCUGCGAGGCUAGUCGAGCUCCACGAUGGAGGGCAGCGCCAGCGUCAGGAGAGCCCUGUGCGGGACCCUCGUCCCCGCGGCGGUGACAACGAUGGCUAUCCGGCAGCAGCCAGAUAAUAAAGACACGGGGAGGCCGCACAGAAAGGUCCUCGACGAAGAGCAGUACAUCGAGAGUUUGGAGAAGAUCAUCCAGAGGGACUUCUUCCCCGAUGUGACCAAAUUGCAAGCGCAGAAGGACUAUCUGCACGCAGAGGAAUGUGGAGACCUGGAGAGAAUGAGGGAGAUAUCCAUCCGAUAUGGAUCAUCUGUGACAAAAUCUACACCAAGAUCUUCUGCCCCAUAUGUGACUCCAGCCAGCUUUGAGACACCAGUGGGCUACGCGGCGUCUCCCUCCUCCAUUCGUGGCAGUAAAGGUUUAGAUGGAGAAAGCAUCGAUGGUGACAAGGAAGAAAAAGAGCUUCCCCCCCUGGAUCGAUUCCUGGCUAAAAAUACCAGUGAGGAUAAUGAAUCGUUUGAACAGAUAAUGGAUCUGGCUAAAGACAAGGAGAAAGUGAAGCAUGCCUGGUUAUAUGAGGCUGAGGCUGAAUACAAACAGCGCCACGAGGAGAACCUUGCCUUACCAUCCAUGGAGAAAGCCGCACUAGAAUGUGUCAAAGCUGGACUGGAAACAUGGGAGUACAAAGCAAAAAAUGCCUUGAUGUAUUAUCCAGAAGGUGUUAAAGAUGACGAUGCUUUGUUUAAAAAACCACGGGAGGUAGUUCACAAGAAUACACGUUUUGUCGUCGACCCAUUCAGCAAAGCUCUCAACAAAAGCCAGAUUCAACAGGCUGCAGCUCUGAAUGCACAGUUCAAACAAGGUAAAGUGGGCCCUGAUGGGAAAGAGCUCAUCCCACAUGAAUCCCCAUCAGUGAAUGGAUAUGGUUUUGAGAGAACGCCUUCCCCUGCACCUGGUGUAUGCGACUCACCUCUGAUGACAUGGGGUGAGAUCGAGAGUACACCCUUUCGUCUGGAUGGAUCGGACUCACCAUAUGUUGAGAGGAAUCACGGUCCGUCAUUUAAGAUUCCAGAACCUGGGCGGCGAGAGAGGCUGGGUAUAAAGAUGGCGAAUGAAGCUGCUGCUAAAAACCGUGCAAAGAAAAAGGAGGCAUUUCGAAAGGUCACAGAGAACCUUGCAAGUCUUACACCUAAAGGUCUGAGCCCAGCCCUCACCCCCGCCCUGCAGAGGCUCGUCAAUCUGACGUCUAGCAAAAACACGGACAAAGCGCUAAGAGCAAGUUACACCCCAUCUCCCUCACAUAGAGCCCCUGUGUCUCCCUUUGGUGGAUCUACUCCAACAGGAACACCGACACCAGACAAAGCCAAGACACCAGGCUCUCAAGACGUUGCAUCACUCACAGACAAUCUGCUGCAACUUCCCAAGAGACGGAAAGCCUCAGACUUUUUCUAACGAGGAGAGGCUUCUCUCUGUUGGGAUAUUAUAAGACGUUGUAUUGUGGAAAAGUUUAUAAGAAACUAUCCACGCCAAUUUUUUCUGUGAUUUAAGAGCACAUCUUUCGACUGGAUGGCUCGAUAAAGAAAUGUACAGUGGACCGAUGUAUUUUUGAGGAUUUAUUUGUUUCAUGUUUGCACAGAUGGGUUGCUGUAGAUCCCCAGUGAAAUAUGCUUUCCAAAUUCUAUGGAAUUAUUUGUUUGUUAUAUUAUAUUUUCUUUUGGUCUCAAAUAUAAAGUUUCCUGUUCAGCAAUUUCUUCCACUUACGAACCAGCACAUCCUGAACUGAUAUUUUUAUAUAAUUAUAGCCCAUCAUUUUUUUGGGAGAAUUUCAUGUGGAUUUUAACACAUUUUACACAAUAGUCUUUUGCCCGGUUCUUCAUACAUGUAGCCAUGGCAUUUUAGUGUCUCCCUUCAAAUGUAAAGGUGUUUUCAUGCCUGUGAGCAUUGAAGCUACAUCCAGAAAUAUUCAAACAUGUACUCAAGUCUGUUUAUUUGGAGUAUCUGAGGUUUCAGGGUACCUUGGGGCCAUCUUUUAAUAAAAAGAGGUUGGCCUGUUGGGAAAGUCAACACACAUGCUUGAUUUCCUACUUACCAUUCUCAAGGGAGUCCGAGGUCAUUGUCUGUUUUCAUUAUAAAGAAGUGAAGCAAACUGAUGUAGACUGAGGUGUGUGCAUUACAUACUUAAAAUGUACCUUGUAUUGGAUUUUAGUACUGUUCAUAUUUAAUAUACAUGUUUAUCAUGUGUCUGAAAAGGGUGUUGUUACAAAAGCAGAAGAGGCUAGGUUUGUAUUUUGUUACUUGUCUGCUCAUAUGUACAUUGAAAGAACAAGUGGACACUGUAUGGCAUUGACACAUAGUGCAGCACCAGCACAAGAGGUGGAGGACAAACUCUCCUCUCGUGCAAAAAAACGUGUGUUUCAAACCUCAGCGGAAGCCAAUGUGAAGCUUCAGCAGUCUCGAGUUUAACUGGGCAUCAUCUGACAGUACAGGAGCGAAAAAAUUCCCCUCUGUGCGUUUUCUCCAGACAUUGUUUUUUGGGCUGAGAACUGUUUGGAUUAACAACUCUUAUUAUGUCUAACUCAGACUGAUAAGGCAGCCAAACCUUACAUUACAGCGCAUGUUUGUACACAGCAAGCACAAUAGAUUUCCAUUUUACUGUGUGGGAAUUGUUUUCAGGCAGACUUCCGGAUAUAGAGUCACCAGCCAGUGGGAAAAGGUAGACAUUUUAUUUAAAACGUUUCUUUCUCUCUGGUUCAUUCUAAUGACACUUUUAAUUAGUUUUUUCAACCUGAUAGUCAACAUAUAUCAGGUAGUGUGAAUGUGUGCAAAAUGGGGCUUUCUAUUAUUGUUAGGCACCUAUUAAACACUCUUAAUCUGUUGCGCACAGCCAAAUAUAGCUAAUUAUAUUAAUUGUGCUGUACUUAAUUGCCCCCAAAGCUGCUGUUAAAGUCAUCAGAUAUCUCUUCAUUAUGAAUAGAAAAGUGGACUGUAAAAUGUCCUACUUGUUAUUACAGUUUCCGUGUUGGGAGUUUGACCCAUCGGGCAUCUCCCAGGGUCAAACAACUCAGAGUGUCUCCAGAGGGAGUGAAGUACAGCCACUUAAAUAGUAGCUUAUUACGAAUCUGCAUAUGUAUGUAUUUGUGUAUAAAAGCUUUUCAGUGAUUUCAAAUUAAAAAGAUACAUUUAAUUUAA